AUCAACAAGUAAACAAGGUGAACUGUGUGAAGUAAAGUUUACGUUGGAUUCAAAAUCAUGGAAAUGACCUAUAGAAUAACGAACGGCAUUCGCCUGGCGUCAAUAUGCCGAAUAUGCUUGCGUUCGGGGCAGUGCUUACAUCCGGUCAUUGAUUCGGUUGUGCCAAACUUUCACGCGCCGCCCAUCGCCGUGAUUCAAUUGUGGAAGAUUUUCGACGAAUUAUUGUUAUCACAUGGACCCAAUUUUCCCGACAGUAUAUGCGGUGACUGUUUGCAUUCCAUCCAAAGCCAUUACUUGUUCAUGUUAAAAUGCGAAGAGGCAGAUGCACUACUGAAGGGGAUUAAUCAGCUCAACAGUCCUCUCACGAGGUUUCAUCGAAACAUCCAAAACCCAACCCAUAGUAAAAGUGAUCCCAGAAAACAAUGCAAAGUCCCUGAUCCAAUUGGUAAACAUCCAGAAGGAAGGAUCACGGCACAGUUGCGUCUGGCUGGUCAAGCUUCUCCAAAGUACAAACGACUUAGGAAAAAUGCAGCAAUUUCAACGAGAAAGCGGGAAUUAUUGAGAAGACGUAUUCUCCGCUCAUCAUUCAGGAAAAUUCAAAGUGGACGACUGCUCAAGCUCAAGACGGCUGCUAUUCUCAACAAGAAUGAGGAGAUCAUUCGCGUAAGCAACGCCUUCAAACACAGAAUUAACCUUACCCAACAGUUCAUCCAUCAUCAGGAUCCAUAUAAAUGGACCUGCGAUCCUUCAUGA